AUGCAGAUGGUGAACAACAUCCUACGCAUUCUCCAGUUCCUCUGGACCCUCCUGAUCACCGCGCUUAUUGGUAGCGCUAUCGCAUCUUACGAUGGAGCUUCCGGCCAAGCCAAGGCUUCACUCAACUUCGCCAUCUUUGUUGCCGUCCUGUCCUGGAUUACACUGCUUUAUGGUCUGAUCGCCGGCUUCGUUACCUCUGUCGCCAUCCCCAUCGCUGUCCUCGUGCUUGAUGGACUCUCGGUGCUGUUCACCUUUAUCGCUGCCGUUGUCUUGGCAGCCAAACUCGGCGCUGUCAACUGCUCCCACAUCGGUGAUAAGGGCAGCAACUACAUUGCAUACGGCACAGGGAACGACCAGAAGCAAUGCCGCCUGAUUCAGGCCAGUGAUGUCUUCUUCUGGUUCCUAUUCGCCUGCUACAUCGCCACCAUGUUCUUCGCUUUCCGUGCCUUCCGUGGUGCCGGUGGUUCCGUUCGCAGCCGUCCUUCCAUGUCCCAGGUCGGUGUUUAG